UGAAUUCUAAUAACUGUUAACCGUUUUAUUCGAAAUGUAAAUAGUAAACAAAAACAUUUUGCAAUUAGAACCUCCUGCUGAAAUGAUUUCACUCUAGUUGGCAAUUAGUUUCAAACUCUCUGGAGACUUUUUAAAUCUGUAUUUUUUACAAAAUGUCACUUGAAUGGUGGCAAAGAAACAUCGUCUAUCACAUUUAUUUGCCAAGUUUUAAAGAUGGUAAUGAUGAUGGAAUUGGUGACUUUAAGGGAUUGAUUAGUAAGUUAGAUUACUUUAAUGAGCUCAAAAUUUCAUCUCUGCUAUUAAGUCCAUUUUAUCCUUCUCCCAUGAAAGACAAUGGUUAUGAUAUUUCAUCUUAUACAGAUAUUGACCCUAGGUAUGGAUGUAUGGAGGAUUUUGAUCAAUUAAUGGAAGAAUUGAAUAAAAGAGGAAUGAAUAUAAUAAUUGAUUUCGUUGCAAAUCAUACAAGUGAUCAACAUGAUUGGUUUAAAAGGAGUAUUCUUAGAGAAGAGCCUUACACAGAAUUUUAUAUUUGGGCUGAUCCCUUGCCUGGGUCUGCAAUAGAUAAUCCUUUACCUCCCAAUAACUGGCUUAGUGUUUUUGAUGGUUCUGCAUGGACUUGGAAUGGAGUACGAAAACAAUUCUAUUUUCAUCAGUUUUUACCAGAGCAACCAGAUCUAAAUUAUCGCAAUCCACUAGUAAGAGAAGAAGCAAAAAAUGUCUUAAGAUUUUGGUUAAAUAAAGGAGUUGAUGGAUUUCGAAUUGAUGCUGCUAGUCACUUGAUAGAGGAUGAAAGAUUAAUAGAUGAACCUUUGAAUAAAAAAUUAAAUGCUAAAGAGGGUGAAUAUAAGUACCUUAAUCAUAUUUAUACAAAAGGCAAUGAAGAGAAUUUAGAUCUUAUUGAAGAAUGGAAACAUGUGCUCAAUGAAUUCAGUACAUCCUCACAUAAACCAAAGAUUUUGUUAGUUGAAGCAAUGGAGAAGAUUGAGGAUGUUAUGUAUUAUUAUGGGACAUUUGAAAGAAAACUCGCUGAAAUUCCUAUGAAUUUUCAAUUUUACAAGAUAAAACCUGAAUCUACUGGGGAAGAUCUUCAAAAAUUUAUUGAAGAUUGGUUGACUAAAAUGCCAAAAGGAAAAUAUCCAAAUUGGGUGAUGAGUUCUCAUGAUGAUGCAAGGGUUGUGACGCGUGUUGGAAGUACUUUGGCCAGUUCUCUUCACAUGGUUAUGAUGCUGUUACCUGGCUUACCCAUUUGGUAUUAUGGGGAUGAAUUGGGAAUGGAAAAUGGUAUUAUUCAACCAGAAGACAUGAGAGAUAGCUAUGCUUUGAGAACUGUUUCUACUAAUUCCCGUGAUCCAAUGAGAACACCAAUGCAGUGGAAUUGCGAGAAAAAUGCUGGAUUUUCAACAUCUGAUACACCUUGGCUCCCUGUGAAUACAUCUUGUAUAUUUAAAAAUGUUGAAGUUGAAAGGAAAGAUCCAUUUUCAUUUCUGAACAAUUUUAAGAAGCUCAUAACUAUUCGAGAAGAACCAGCCAUAUUAUUCAGCAGCUUAGUAUAUCCAGUUGUGAAUGAAAAACUAUUUUCAGUGUUACGUUCAGUAGUUGGUGCCAAAUGUUUCCUUUUACUUUUGAACAUGAGCUCUGAACCUCUUAGAGCUGACAUGACGACUUUAUCAUCAAAUUUACCUCAAAAAGCUAUUCUUGAAUUAACUAAUUGUGAAAAAUACUAUACACAAAAACCGCAGUUACAGAAGCAUUUGGGUGAUAAUAAUAACAGUUCACUGUUAGAAACUACAAGUAGUUCCUGUAACAGUGAAUCUGCAUGUGCCUCUACUGGUGCUAGUUGUGUCACUGAAAGUGCUGAAUAUAUCGACCCUGUUCCUAGUACUAGUUUUGCGAGUGAAAUUUCCACGGAUGUCAAUUUUCAGGAAUUUAUUUACGUGCCUUUAAAUGAUAUUUAUUUGGGACCUCAUCAAGCCAUUGUUCUUUCCUAUAUAGGAUAAUAAAUUUUUUGAAAGUUGACUUAAAAGCUACUUUUUUUUAAACUAAAGUUUAUGUAUAAUUUUGAGCAUAUUUAAUAUAUUUUUAGAUGUAUAGUGAAAACUGUAUUUUUAGUGCGUUAAACUUACAAAUUAAGUAUUUUAAUUUACAACAUUGUUAAUAUUUUCAUAUAUGGCAUAAAUUUAGCAUGUUAUGCUAUUGAUAAAAUGUGUCUAAUUUUUGUUUGUUUGUUUGAACUGAUGAUUAUUUAGUCACUAUAUUUCAUUCUUUUUUUUUUCUUUUUUUUAUUACUAACUUGUAAUGUUUUUUUUAUUUUUAUUUAUUGGGUAUUUUGUUAGUUGUUAUUAAUAAUCGCUUUUUUCUUUUUAAUUAUAUUAGGCUUCUUUGUCCACUGUUAGCUAUCACUGCCUACUUUAUAUGAAAUUAAAAUAAGAAAAUUUUUUUAAAUAUACUAAAUUUAUAUGUUUAUAAAGUAUUAAGAGUUUCUAACCAUUUCUUUAAAAUAUUUAAUAGAAAAAAUGUUUGAAUAUUAUUAAAUAUUAUAAUUAAAUAUAUUUAAGUAAUAUAAUAAAAUAUUAUAAUUGUAAAAUUAUAUAUUUUUCUUAUUUUUUCAGUGUCAUUCUAAAUUAAAUUACUGAUGUUUUUGAUAAAAGUAUGUUUUUUACAUUAAAAAACAGCGGUAAAGUGUAGUUUUAUAUUGCUCAUAGAAUUUAACUUUUUGCUUAUAAGAAAAAUUAAAAUAAAUAACAAAUAAAUUACAAAUGUAUUUAGUGUAAUGCAUAAAUUAUCACUUUUUAUUUUUCCUAUUCUUUUGUUCAUUAAUUUCUUUUUUUAUUAUUAGAAAUUUAAAAUAAAAUUCGGGGAAUCAAGAGACGAACUAAUAGAUUUUUUCAUAAGUCAUUGUAAAUGAAAACACUUAUAGUUUUUUUAUACAACAAAAAUAGUAAUCACCGAAAUAUAAAUUGCAUUAAAAGCAAAAAUUUUUCUUGUAACCCUUAAUUAAAGAUUGAAAACUUAUUUAAAAAUAGUGUAAUAGAUCUAAUUUUACUAUUUUUGUAAUCAAAUAUUAUUAUUCUGCAAAUCUGCAUAGUAUACUAUUGUAAUGUUAUGCCACAUAAAUUAAUAGUAUUAAUGUUGUAUAGCAAUAUUAUAGUAUAACAGUACUUGACUUUGUACUUGAAAGAGUUUAACUAUGUUUGGAUAAUUAAUGCAUAUAAGCAGUUAACAAGUAUGUAAAUGAACUUAACAUCGAUUACCUUUGGGGUAUUGUGAAAACAAACAAUUUUAGCUAUUGAUACCCCUUUGACUUUUAGCUAUUGUAAUUAAAACAAUUUAUUUUCACAGAAUUUUUGAAAUUUUUAACUAACUUUUAAAUUGUAAAUUUGAUUCAAUUUAAAAUAUAUUAUAUUCAUCUUAUUGACAUUUUAUUAUAAGUCUCAAAAUCUACUAAACCCUUUUAACAGGAACUAUUUUUUAACAGGAACUACUUUUUUAGCAGAAGCUUUGUUAAAUGAUGGAAUUGAUAGCAAUUUUACUUGUUUCUUUAAAUGUUAUUUGUAUUAUUAAAUUGUGUGAAUGUCUUUGGUAUUUUGCAGUGCACCAGGCUAAUUGGAAAAAUCUUCGGCAUUUUCUAGUCUGGGUAAUAAUUUUUUUUAGUCUUUUUACAAUCAGCUUGUAAAGGCUAAUAAUGGAACAAGCAAAGAAUUACUCAAUCAGACGGGAUUUGCUGAGAGUUAUUGCAAUAAGCCCAUUAAACCAUUGCAACGACCCAAUAAAGUCAUUUACGAAAACCUCCACUAUUGUGGGGCUAUUGCAGCCUUAACCUAAUCAGACUAAUAGAGCAAUAAAUGGUAUAUUUUUUAAUUUAUCUAAAGGUAUGCGAAUUCACUGCAAUUUGCCAUACACUGUCAGGCUGAUUAGAAAAUACCUGUUACUUUUCAAAUCAGCCUAUUGCAAAAUGAUGGUGAUUGUCGACUGUCUGCAAGGAGCCGAAUUAUUCAAUCGGGCUAAGAUCUAAUCUUUAUGUGGCUUUAGGCUUAUUGUAUUUAAGCUUAAUUUUUAUUGUAUUUAAGAUUAUUGCAUUGUAUUAAAAUAAACUAACCUUUUUUUUUACUAACAUAUUAGGAAUUUUUAUCCUCAAAGAUGCCAACAUGUUAAAGAUAUGGUCUUGAUAAGUUACAUCAGGAGAGAGGACAGAUUUUUGAACUUUUUCAUAUUAUUUCUGUAUUCAAUUACUGGAACUAAUGCAAAUCAAAAAUAUUUUGCACUCUCUUAUAAAGUUCAUUUAUUUAAAUAUAUUUAGGCAAAUAUACUAUAAUAAUUAAUUUGUACUUGAAUUUUCAUUGAUUGAAAAUGUUGUGAAUUGUAAGUUAUACAAGUGUGAUAAGUUCUUAUAAUGUAAUUUUUAAUGACAACAUCAAAACUUAAUAUUGUUUGUAAUGCAAUGUUUUCGCUAGUGAAGAUUUGAAUAUUUUUCUACCUUGUCAAGUAAACAGGUAUGAUAUGUUAAUACCUUAUAUUUUGUGCUAAGGAAUUAAGAUAAAGCAAAUAUGUAUAUCUUUUUGUGUUUUCAGUGUAGCCUUUGAGAUAGAAAAUAAGAAUAAUGUAUUUUGAUUUUUCAUUGUUGCAAACAUCUGAUUUAUUCAUUGUAAGCUAUGGUCCAUCUUUUACGUAGACUCCAGACAUCUAACUCAUGAGCUAGUUUCUACUGUGGUAAUGAAGAUGAUAUGUCAUUUCAAAUAAGGAUGUGAGGUUAACUGUUGCACAUUGAGUUAAAAUCGAAGAGCUAUGUAAUUUUUUCAACUCUUCUGACAUUAUAAAUUGUUUUAUUCUUGUUUACGUAGCAGCACACAAGGAAGUUCUUGUAAAAGCUGUAAAGUACUAAAUUGUGACCCUAAUUGUAGCUAUAUAUUUUGUAGAAACAGUUUUUCGAAGUGUUUUGUGUUUGGAGUUGAAAAGAACUACAUAUUUAUUAAUUGUUUAAAAUUAUUAUUCCUGAUCUAUUGUUUAUUUUUUGAUAAAUAUAUUGGGAAAUACUAUUGAUUAUGUAUGACAGGGGAGUAGUCAAGAAAUUUUAAGAGAAGGGGAGCCAAAUUACUAAUGCAUAUUAAGUAUUAAAUUUUAAUAUUUUUCUCGUCGUCUGUAUACAGAGUGAUUUUUCCUUCCUUCAAAAAUCGCACAAUUAAUCUGAUUUAUUUUCCUUUUUGGAGAAGCUGAGCCAAGUUUCCUACAUAGUUUUCAGCAUCAACUUUUCUGUAUCUCAUUUAUAAGAUAUGAACAUUUUUUUAUAAUAAAACAUUCUAUAAUUAUCCUUUUCUCUGCUAAUUUCAAGAACCGCUGGUCAGCGUCAAAGACAUUAGAUAUGUAACGAAUUUGUGCCAAUCAUGUGAUAUUCUUCGUGAUAAACUUUUUGUUGCUUGAAAAACUCUAGUAAAAGAUACUAUUAAGGUUUAAAUAAAUACUACUUAGAUAAUUUGAUUACACCUGCAGUGCAAGAAAAUUUUUGUGUUAUUAUUGGAAAUAUAUAAAUAGGCAUGAAAAUGAACACUCGCUAAUUAUUAAAAAUUACUUUCUACAGUUUUAUAACUCCAUAUUUACCCCAGUAUCACCCCCUUUUGACUACACCCUUGUAAUGUGAUAUGUAUAUAAAAAAGAAUAUUGUGAUUUUAAAACCAAA